UAAGUGAGAGGGGAAAGAGUAGGAGGAAGGGCAACGCUUAGAGGUUUGUAACAGUAAAUAGGAAGAGAGAGAGAGAAGGUGUGUGUGUCGAGUCAUUCGGUUUGCUGCUUUGGUAGCAGUGUGACGGCUGUCUUACUGGUCUCCAUCUCUCGAAAACUUGAUUUCCUCUUGGAAUCUGUAUUUCUAGAUAGACUAGUAGGAUAUAAAUCUAUAAACAUUGGAUAUUAAUAUUAUUCCUUACCAUCACUACCGACCAUGCCAAAACCGAUUUUAGAUGCUAUUGAUAGCUUUGUGUCUCAAGCUGUCCCCUGGGAUGUCUUCAAAGGUCAUACUAAGGUAAAUGUACGCGUCCAAACCAUGGAUGCGGAGCUGGAAUUUGCCAUCCAGCCCAGCACCACAGGCAAACAACUUUUUGAUCAGGUCGUGAAAACAAUUGGUCUUCGAGAAAUUUGGUUCUUUGGUCUCCAAUAUAAAGACAGCAAAGGGUUUGGUACCUGGUUGAAACUUAACAAGAAGGUGACUAGCCAGGAUGUCAAGAAAGAAACCCCUCUCGAUUUCCAAUUCAGAGCCAAAUUUUUCCCUGAAGACGUGGCCGAAGAGUUGAUACAAGAAGUUACUCUGAGAAUGUUCUUCCUUCAAGUGAAACGUAGUAUUCUUUCUGAUGAAGUUUAUUGUCUGCCAGAAACUUCAGUUCUUAGUUCCUAUGCUCUCCAGGCUAAAUAUGGUGACGGGCAUAUGGCGCAUGACAGGCUUCUUUCAGUUUCUGUCAACCAAAGAGUAUUUGAUCAACACAAAUUGACUCCAACUCAGUGGGAAGAGAGAAUUGUGACCUGGUAUCAAGAACACAAGAGAAUGUUAAGAGAGGAUGCCAUGAUGGAAUACCUGAAAAUUGUCCAAGAUCUUGAAAUGUAUGGUGUGAACUACUUUGAAAUCAAGAACAAACGUGGCACAGAAUUGUGGUUGGGUGUUGAUGCUCUUGGACUUAAUGUCUACGAGAAGGAAGAUAGGUUAACCCCUAAAAUUGGUUUCCCCUGGAGUGAGAUCAGAAAUAUUUCUUUCAACGACAAGAAGUUUAUAAUUAAACCAAUCGACAAAAAAGCACCUGAUUUUGUCUUCUAUGCACCCCGGUUACGGAUCAACAAACGUAUUCUUAGUCUGUGCAUGGGAAAUCAUGAGCUGUACAUGCGCCGUCGGAAACCAGACACCAUUGAGGUGCAACAGAUGAAAGCUCAGGCAAAAGAAGAGAAAAUGGCCAAACAGCAAGACCGGUUGAUCAGAUCAACAGGAACCAUUGUCCUCAUAAAUGAUAUAGUACCAGUUAAUAUUAAAUGUGUAAUUUCUACUUUCUUUAUUUGUCUGUCAGAUUUGGAUGUGUCUGAGAUGAAAAAGAUGGAAUUGGAAGACAAUUUGAAUCGGUAUAACAAGGAACGAGAAGACUUACUAACUGAGAAAGCCAGAGCUGAAGAGAUGAAGCAGGAAGCUUUGAAGAAUGUAGACCUUGAAAAAGAAGUAAGAAACCAGAAAGAAAGAGAAGCCUUAGAGGCACAUGAAGUUGCUGAGAAACGUGCUGCAGAGAUAUCCGAAAAGGAGACCCAGAUGCGUGAGCUGCAAGAACAACUGGAAACCAUCAGGAGAGAAACGGAAGAGAAAGAUGCGGCAUACAAUGCCCUGAUAGUGCAGCAUGCGCAGCAAAGUAAAAUCAAUGCAGAACAUGUGAAGGAGCAUGACUAUGAAGAAUCUGCAGGAACUGAAGAGGAAACUACAUAUGGUGCUGAGUUACAAACCUACGAGAAUCAAGAUCUUCCGAGACCUGAAGAAGAAAGACUAACUUUGGCUGAAAAGAACCACCGUCUGAAAGAGCAGCUAAAGGCACUUGGAGACCAGUUAGUAACUUCAAAAGACAAAAGCAAAGAGAGUAUAAAUGAUGUCCUCCAUGCAGAGAAUGUGAGGUCUGGCCGUGAUAAAUACAAGACGCUGAAGCAAAUCCGGUCUGGAAACACCAAAAAACGAGUUGAUGAGUUUGAGGCAUUAAAUUAACCUCACUGCGCCCUGGCACUAUGUGACAGCCGAUUCCUGACUUAAUUACCAGCUUCUUAAAUUGUAGCUUUCACAUAAAAUGCUUUUGUCACAGCACAAAUUCUUUUGGAUAGGGGCAUUUGGUUGUUUUUUUUUUUCGUUCCCAUAGUGGCUUCAUUGAUACUUUAUAAUUACAAACCUAUUAAUUAUUAUAAAUAGUAUUGAAUUAAAAAAAAAAAAUAAAAUUUAAUUUUUACGUA